AUGGGCUUACCAGCUCACACAGAUCAUGGACUUUUGACUCUCUUAAUGCAAAAUGAGCUUUGUGGGCUUCAAAUUGAACAUAAUGGCAAGUGGAUUCCUGUCAACCCAUUACCUAACUCGUUUCUCAUCAACACUGGGGAUCAUCUGGAGAUACUUACAAAUGGAAAAUACAAGAGUGUUGUUCAUCGUGCUUUGGUGAUGAAUAAAAAAGCUGCAAGAAUUUCUGUUGGUACAGCACAUGGGCCCACACUUGACACCAUUGUCACCCCUGCACCAGAGCUGCUUAGCAAGGAUGAUCCAUCAAUAUAUCGUGGAAUUACAUAUAAAGAUUAUUUUCAACUUCAACAAAGUUGUGAAUUAGAGAGAAAAUUUUGCUUAGAUUGUAUUCGAAUUUGA